CGAAUAUCACCCAUUGCGGUUCCUUGCGUGAAGCUUUCUGUUCCGAAGAAUUUCAGACAACGACUUGAGGUCAUGUGUACGCAUGCUGCGAGUUUCGUGAGAGACUAGAAAAGGUAACAGACGAAGGCCAUUGUUUGACAGGAAAUACCGGCUCCACGGCAUGGCGAAUUUGGUGCUCUUCCCCGGGCUGCUGGUCGACAUCGUGGAUGAGGAGUGGAUGGGAGAGACGCUUCCCGAUGACGAUGUGAUGCUUCCAGUCGCCCUUGCCCCUACGUCAGACGAGGCCGAUGACUUAGGGAAUGAGGUGGCUCAAGAGGAUCCAAACAAAUGGUCGGACCUUGCCUUGGACUCAAUUCAGUGAACGUUUUCCAGGAAGUCAUACAACAAGAAAUGGGCCUACUGACAUGUUGACAGCUUCGGGGAAUGUACGAUAGGCUGCUGAAGUAUUAUUUUGCAAAGCAUGAUGUUGGUUCAGCUGCUGCUACAAAGAACGCAUCAUGGACUCAUGGUAGCCAGUAGCUAGACGACAGCAUGCUACUUUGUGGGUGAGCUGCAACAUUUUGUGCCAGCUCU